AUGCGCGAGUUCAUGGACUAUGUCCACAGCGCUUUCUACGAAGCUACAGGAUGGAAUCGCGACAACUCAUACGCAGCACUGAAUGUGACGAGUGAUGCGCUUCUAAACUUCCAGACCCCUCUAGGACUACGACUCACACUAUCUUCCCUUGCGAGUACCAAUUUUGCGACAUCGUACCAGCUCGGCUCAGUGGGAAUCGUUGAUGGAUCCAUCUCGUACCUUUUCUCAUCAGUCCCGCUUCGACUCCUCUUGACACCACAGUCGGAAACUGUCAACCUGCCAGAGCUUCUGCGCUCAUACAAACCCCUCGCCGAACUUCCUUACCGAGCGAACCCGCUCCUCCAAACGUCCAAGGACAAGCCGGAAUCGUCUCUUCUGUACGGCCGACUCUACCUACCCCAGGCCCUGCUCGAAGCUCUGGUGGUCAAACGAUUGUCGCCCGCACUCCAGGUCCAGCUCAGUGCUGUUUCUGCACAACACCUUAAGAACGGUGGCACAGUACUGGGAUUGGCGCAAUAUGACGUGGGCAAGUACGCGCUCGAAGGUCUGGCGUCCUCAGAUGGAGGACUGCUCGGCUUCAGGGGCGUGUAUAAUUUCGGCGGUGAUGCCGAGAAGCCGGAGAACCAAGCCCCUGUAGAAAGUGAUAGGGAGAGAGUCUACGGGCGGUUCAGCACCGGUGGAGAAAUCUAUUACGGCACGUUGAAUAAGUCGGGAGGAAUCAGCGUGGGAACACGAUUCGCGACGUUGCCCAUGCAUAAGGGGACGCCCUUAUCCGCGACAUUGACUCUGAACCCCCUAAUGGGUAAUAUCAGUGCAAGUUAUGCCGUAGUGGCUGGCAGGCAUUGCAGUCUUGCCACUAGGAUGGAGUUCAACGCAUUCAGCUACGAAAGCACUUGGGCUAUCGGCAUGGAGCUUUGGCGGAAGCCAUUCACACGGCUGGUCGUUGACGAUGAACCAAAGGUCGAUGACAAAGUAGUUGUCGACGAUACUCCGGGAGAGAAACGACCGAAGGAGCGCAGCUUCCAAGCUAAGUUGGAAUGGCGACUGGAUGAACCCGAACCAGUUGUCGUGAAGCCAUCGCUGCCUCCUCCCCCGCCCCCGAAAGAAGAGACUGAACCAGAAAAGCCUGGAGAGGAGAGAUAUGCCGGAGUGCUCAAAACCCGAAUGGACCAGAACAUGCGGAUAGGGGUGCUGUGGGAAGGGCGGGUCAAAUCGCUUCUGUUCAGCUUGGGUAGUGGCAUCGACCUGAGGAAGCUUGACAAGCCUUUCCGGACGCUUGGAUUAGAAAUUCAGUUUUCGUCAUAA